AUGAUUCCGCAGUACUACACCACUGAUACCAAGGAUGGCUUGACCUACCAGUCCGGCUCGGACAAGACCGUGCGAGGUGCUUUCGCUUCGAACGGAAAGCUCGCCAACACCAAGGACACCAACUACCGCGCGAUUAACUCAGACUGGCCCGUAUUCGGGUACGCCAGCGACCUUGGUACGGUAGGUGGCGCGCAAGCAACCUCUACCCUGUUCUCGAUCGGUCUUUACCAGGAGGAAGCGAUCCAGUUCCUCGGCAAGGACGGCGACGAGAUCCUACCGUCCCUCUGGAAGAGCUACUUCAGCGAUGAUGUCGCUGCCAUGUCGUUCUUCCACACGGACUUCGACCAAUCGAAUGAGCUCACCUCUUCAUUCGACGACCAGGUUGACAAGGACUCCAAGGCCGCUGCGGGUGACGACUACGCCAUUCUCACAACGCUUGCUGCGCGUCAAACUCUGGGAGCUACUCAACUGGUCGGUACCGAGGAGAGGCAUUUCCUGUUUCUCAAGGAGAUCUCCUCCAACGGCAACACUCAGACGAUCGAUGUGAUCUACCCGGCUACGCCCUUCCUGUACUACGCCAACCCCGACCUUGUCAAGCUGUUGCUCGACCCGCAUUUCGAGAACCAGGAGAGCGGCCAUUACCCGAACAAGUGGGCUAUCCACGACCUUGGCACCCACUACCCCAAUGCGACAGGCCACGCGGAUGGUGGCGACGAGCAUAUGCCCGUUGAAGAGUGCGGUAACAACAUCAUCAUGGGUGAGCACUCAUACCCAGUAAUCAGUGAUUUGACUAGUAUGCUAACCAUCGAAACAGUGUUGAAAUACGCUCAAACCGCUUCCGACAACGACUACCUAAAGCAACACUACCCCAUCCUCAAGCAAUGGGUUGAAUACCUCGUCGAAGACAGCCUCUACCCCUCGGAGCAACUCUCCACCGACGACUUCGCCGGCCACCUCGCCAACCAAACCAACCUCGGCCUCAAAGGCAUCAUCGGCAUCGCUGCCUUUGCCGAAAUCGCAAACCUCACCGGCGAGUCCGCCGACGCCGAAAACUACACCUCCAUCGCAAAAGACUACAUCGCGAAAUGGGAAACCCUCGGCGUAAACAGCAACGCCACCCUGCCUCACUCUAUCCUCACCUACAACAAUGUCUCUACCCACGGCCUCCUGUAUAAUCUGUACAACGACAAGUUGGUCGGUACGAACCUCGUCCCGCAGCACAUCUACGACGAUCAAUCAGCCUUCUACCUCACCAUCGCAAAUACCUACGGCGUGGAUCUCGACACGCGCAACGAGGGCUGGACGAAAGGCGACUGGGAGAUUUUCUGCGCGGCGAUCGCGUCGGACGAGACGAGGGACAUGUUCAUUUCUAAGUAUGCGCGGUGGGUCAACGAGACGCCUAGUCCGAACCCGUUUAGCGAUUUGUAUAUGACGGGUAGUGGGGAGCAGGUUCCUGGGAUUAACUUUAGGGCGAGGCCCGUUGUGGGCGGGGGUUUUUGCGCUGUUGGUUUUGUAGGGUUGAGAAGGGGAUGA